AUAUGGAGCCAAUGACAUCACAGGCGCAUGCAUGCUGAAGGAAUGGCCACCCAGCGGUUUACAACCGCUUUACAAUGUUGCCUCCCUAUUGCCCUGCAUACAUUUUUUUUUAUAAAUCUUGAUGCAAAUCCCAUGCAGUCAAGCUCCUCUUUGUAAUGGGCUGACAACAGGGCUGAAUCGCAUAGCGCAGUGAUGUCACCUGCCGGCAUCCAUAACCUUUUUUAGGUGUUUUCGGCAGAGAAGAAAGUUUGUCCAUCGCUUGUGCAAAAACAAUUUGGAGUCAGAGGCCACAUAGAAAAAGUUAAAGGUAAUUACAAAUAAAUCUAUUCUAAAAUGUAUGCAGGGCAAUAGGGAAGCAACUUUUUUAAAGCUGCUUGUUUUUUAGCCUUUCCUUCUACUUUAAAUCUCCCUCUAGAUUUGGCCAAUAAAGUGUUUUGCCUAAACUUCCCGCAUUCAUCGAUGGCUACUGCGGUAGAAGACUCUACUGCAGAUUUUGAAUAGUGAGCCUGUGUCGGCAUCUAAAUGGGUUAAUGGUUGGGAGGGAGAUUGUCCCUGGAAAAGAUUACGGAGAGGUGGAGCUGCUGGCUGGAACAAAGUGUAUACGCCACCAAGGGGCCGUCAGCCGGGUUGGAAUUUCUAUCAUAUGUACUAGGCAUGUGUGGAAUGUUUGGUAUCCCAGCCCCUGUCCGAGCAGCGCACGUAACUGGCAAUCUGGCGCUUGUGAUCAGCACUUUAGCAGAUGUAUCCCGGGAACGGCACAUCUUUCUGGCUCACCAGCAGCAGUUCUUCAGUGGCAAGCUUUAUGUUCCUGCUCUGUGCUAAAGCUGCCAGUUGAAGAACUGUUGAAGUUGGCUAUUGUUCACCUUGAAAACCCAAAGUCAUCAGAGAAGACAUGACCUAUUGACUGAUCCAUAUGUGUUACGACGAGUGGGAUUUCUGCAAAGCGGGAUCUGUGUCUUCAAUACAUAGCCAUUCGUUAUCAUUUCUGGUGGAUAUUGGAGCGUUUUGGCCACCAAUGGUUUUAUAGAUCUUUCAAGGCUGUGCUGGUGGGACUUUUACCUCCUAAGUUUCCAGAUCUGCGUACCUAACCUCUUCAAGGCACAGUCGUCUUGAUACAUUUUUACAGGAAACCUAUACAAGACUGCCUUUGCUGGCCCCUCCUGAAAAUGCUUGUUGCAUGACUGUCAGUGAAAUUGUUUCCCGAGUCUAUGACCUGUAACAUUGAUGCAGCUUUGGUCUUCUGACGCUUGCUGCAUAUUUGUUUAAAUUACUUGGGUAGUUUGGAUGUCAGUCAACUAGUGGUUUCUGAAUGUGGUCAGCAAUGGCAUCCUCCAUAUUUUGCUCAUGCUGUGUGUGUUUGUUUUUAUUUU